CUCCGGAUGACGCACACAUCUCCCGUGUGUUGAUGCUGGUCAGCUGCUGAAAGCCUCGGUGGAGAGCGGCGUCAAACACCUGAUGAUGGAGACACGAGCACGGAUGGAGACUGUGUGACAACGAUCCGCUUGAAGAUGUCGCAGUGAGACGAGGGCGAGCCGUUCCCCGGCUGCGGACGCGUCAGCUGCUCCCGUCGUGGAUGAGGUUUUUUGGGGGGGGGUUUCUCGAUGGGUUGUGGAGGAAGUCGGGCGGACGCGAUAAUCGAGCCGAGGUAUCAUGAAAGCUGGACCCGAGAAACAGAGUCGACGUGGCUCACCAAUACAGACGUGGAUACCCCAACAUCCAUCCCCAACAGUAAAGCUGCAGAAUCCAAUACAAGGGAGAAGAGGAUGGUGACCACUGGUACCCAGUGUGGGAAACAGGCCCUCACCUCCAACGGCUCCAACCAGCAGAGGAGAACCAGGCGCUCUCUGAGUGAUAGUACGCGGGACACCAAAAGGAGGGCAUCAAAGGAGGCCAGCGCCCUAUCAAAAGACAGCCAGCUCGUCUGUGUCAGCAGCAGUGGAGACGCUGAACCUGCAAAAAUCUGUAACGAAAGAUGAGAAAAGAGCCGAAACUCUCUUGGGAGGAAGAUGCUGUUUGUCGGAACCCAGGAGUUGCAGGGAAUGUUUACCGGAUACACAGGAAAGGUGAUUUAAGAUCCCCAGCUCCUGCUCAUGUUUCCACCCCAAAGAUUUCUGGAUGCUGCAUUGUUGUUGCAUGUGUGAGGAGGAGACUGGGUUACAGUGUUCACACUCACCACCAGGUUUUUUCUUCCAUGCUCAUGAUACCAGUCAGGGAAUGUGCCACUGUGUUCAAACAAUGCCAAUAUUUCUAUUUAAAGCAGUUUGGUCCAUAUGCACAUGAUAAUCACAAUCUGUAUAAUGGUUAUGUCAUGUGUGAGGAUUUGCUUUGGGGUUUUUAUUUUGUGCUCCUUCAGCUGUUAAUAUGGGAACUGCUGUUUAACCCAGAUCAGUGCUGUGAGUGACUUUUAAUUUGAAGAACCUGAAGUGCUGUUUAGAAGCUAAGUUUGAAUAUUUGAAGCUUAAAGGCUUAAAGACUGUCUUCUCCAGCCUUUGCAAGAUUAAAAAACAAACAAGCAAACAAAAAAAGAAAUACACCUGCACGUGCCUACAUAUCCUUUCAAAUUUGAUAUCCUUUCGUGUUCACUAAGAGAGAUUUAAUUAAUGAUUUUUUUCUCCUUAUAAGAUCUCAUAAUUCUUCUGUAGUGUCUGUUUUUGUGUAAUGAUAUUCUUCAUUAGUGGAAACUAUGUAAUGCACUUUUUGGGGUUUCUCUGCAUGUAAAAAAAUAUUCUUUUCAUUUGCUCUUCGUUGAUAACAGGCCUUAAACUCAAAGUCAAAUAUUUUCAGAUCAAAUUAAAUGGUAUGACAGCAGAUGGCGAUGUUGGCCAGAUGCUGCUUUUGAAAGCAAUGAGAAAAUGAUUUGUGUUACCUGAUACUGGUUCUACAUGAGGUGUGUCAUGUCACAAACUGUUGAGGAUUACUGGUAUCAAGGUGUUGAAAGGGAGCUGCAGGACAUUUUGGAUGCACGACACAUUUUUAGAAACAGUUCUUUUGUUUACUUCUGUGUAUUAUUUUUUUUAAAACUUAAACAGAAAGUACAAUUAUUUACAAGCAAGACUAAAUCAUUUCAAAUGCCUAAA